GUGAUUAUUAGACAACACCCAAACUCAGCAGGGACACGUCAGACCUUUACUUGACAAUUACAUUUAUACCCAUGUGCCCCUCUCACGGGGUCCUACUUUGAGUCUGUUACUUUUGAACCGGGCUUCUCCUUCCUAUUUAUACUGACACAUGUAGUCUCUCUCUGCGUUCUCCCCUUCUCAUUCAAACGUUUGUGAUUGCACAGAAUUCCGUACUUCCACUCCUUUGACUGAAGAUUCCGAGUUUCAAUGUCAUUUGGAACUCCUGAAACAACCAGAAGCCCGAUUUUUGUGCCGAAAUCAUCUGGCCGCUACUACCGAGAAACUUCUUUCUGUUUCACCACAAGUUAAUUGUCACUUGAUUGCGUAGAGGGACGAGAAAAUUUGACUGAUCUGAAAGUGGGACCCAAUCAUGGCUACCGGUGGUGGUAAUCAGAUGAUCUCUGUUCAUCCAGAUGAGCUCAAGUUCAUUUUUGAACUAGAAAAACAAAGCUUCUGUGAUCUUAAAGCUUUGAACAACACAGAACAUCACGUGGCUUUCAAGGUCAAAACCACUUCACCUAAGAAGUACUUUGUAAGACCCAACACUGGUGUGAUACAGCCUUGGGAUUCUUGUGUUAUCAGAGUUACCCUCCAAGCUCAACAUGAAGCUCCUUUACAUAUGCAAUGCAAAGACAAAUUUCUCUUGCAGAGUGCAAUUGUGCUUCCAAAUACUGAUGUUGAUGAGCUUCCUCCAGAUACAUUUAAUAAGGACAGUGGAGAGACAAUAGAGGAGUGCAAGCUUAGGGUUGUUUAUAUUCCUCCUACUACAGCUCAAGGGAACUUAGAAGAUAAAGCCUUAGAGAACUCCACACAGAGUUCUGAUGCAAACUUGACUUUACAACACCUGAAGGAAGAAAGAGAUGUUGCACUUCGACAAACACAACAACUACAACAGGAUUUGGACAUGAUGAAGAAAAGACCGAAAAAUAAUUUGGGCUUCUCUUUGAUGUUUGCUGGUUUUGUUGGACUGAUUGGAUUCAUGGUGGGAUUCUUCUUGAACCAUUUAUUGUCUUCACCGCCCACCACAGAAUGAGUUGACUCAAAUAAUGACCGCAGGAGCGAGUGUUGUCUAUUUCAUUUGUAUAAUUUUUCUUGUUAUGUUGGGUGGAAAGUUAGCCAGCUUCCUUCUUUUUGUAUAUUGGAUCUUUGUCAAAUUCUGCCUUGAUCCGUUUGUUUUCUUGAUUUGUUUUAUUCAAUUUUUAUGUUACUCUUA